AUGAUAAGUUCUCGUCAUCAUAAAGGCCUUCAUCACGAGCUCGGCGGCGGAUUCAGAGGGGUCAUAGUUCGAGUCGACGGUAAUGGUCAUUCAUCGAUUGAAGACAGAGAAAAUACUGAGAAACUGCGAAUGUUCUUACGAACCAAAUUACGUAGUCCAUGUUACAAAUACAAAGGAUCAAUCGGGAAAAGACAUCCUCAUAGCUGCAACGUUUUUAAAUAUCCAAACGAUGUGCUUGUUGAUGAAAAGAGAUCAAUGAUUUUUGUUAGUGAUUGUUCAGAAUUGGGUAUUCAAGCAUUCGAUCUUCAUGAAAAGCAGUUUUUAUUCAACAUUUCUGCUCCUGAUCGACCCAGAUUUAUGGCCCUUUAUUACAAUUCUUUGAUUUUCUCAUGUGAAAAUAAUUUGGUAUAUAGAUAUGACUUGGAGACAAGACAAGAAAUUUGGAUCUCUAAAAAGCAAAAUGUAUUUAGUGAUAUGCAAACGAUGAACAAUCCAUGUGGUGUUGUCGGUGAUGAAAUUGAUGAAAAAAUAUAUAUUGCAGAUUGUAACAAUAGGAGAAUAGUCGUCUUGAAUGGAGAAAAUGGCAUGUUUCAUAGAGUUAUUGAUUUUAAAUCAAAACACAACAGUCUAAGUUAUACUGACGUGAGGCCUUAUGGAAUUGAUAUUAAUGUAGACUAUAAUUUGGUUUUCUCAAAUAUUGUCGAUGCUCAAAUUUAUAUUAUUACAAGAACUGGUAUUCCUAUUGCAAUUAUUGGAUCACCAGGUAGUAGCAUUGGUUUAGAUUUCAAUUUUCCAUCAGGAGUCUUGGUCAACAGCAAAAAUGGUAACAUUUUGAUAUGUGAUCGUAACAAUCAUCGAGUGCAAGUGUUGAGCUCUAAGGGACAAUACAUCAAGUGCUUUGGAUCAUAUGGAAUUGAUGCUGGCCAAUUUUAUGAACCUCGGGGUCUUUGUAUUGAUCAUAGUAGUGGAGAUUUGUACAUUGUUGAUUAUGGAAAUGACAGAAUACAAAUUUUUGAACAAUUUACUUAA